CGUCCGCGGCGGGAGCGGCGGAGGCGGCGGGAGAGCGCGCCGUGGAGCCGCUCCGAAAGCCCGGGCCCCUCGCGCAGCAGCCCCGGAGCCCAGCGCCGCGCGCUCAGGCCGCCCGCGCCGUCCGUGCGCCCCCGCGCUCUGCGCCCUCCGAGCCGCGGGCCGUCCAGGGCGCCCCCAGCCCCAGCCCCAGCCCGGCCGGGUUGGCCGCAGCCCGCGGCUGAUCGAGCCCGGGGGGGGCCAUGGGCCGGCCCGCGCCGCGUCCCCCCCGCGGCCGCCCCCUCCGGCCCGGGCCCCCCCGAGCGCCGCGGGCCCAGGCGGCCCGGAUGGCGGUCGCGGCGGCAGGGGCAGGGGCUGGGGUCGGCGCGGGCGGCAGGCGCGGCCACCACUGACGGGUAGUCGGGCACCCCGAGCAGGCCGAGGAUGCAGCGCUGGAAGGCGGCAGCCUUGGCCUCGGUGCUCUGCAGCUCGGUGCUCUCCAUCUGGAUGUGUCGGGACGGCCUGCUCCUCAGCCACCGCCUGGGACCCGCACUGACGCCACUACGCCGCCCACCUCGCACCCUGGACGCCCGGAUCGCCCGCCUGGCCCAGUAUCGAGCGCUGCUGCAGGGCGCCCCGGAUGCGGUGGAGCUGCGCCAGCUGACGCCCUGGGCCGGCAGAUCCCCGCGUCCGCACCGUCGGGCGGGGGCCCGGCGGAGACGCGCGCGCGCGCGAUCGGGGGCGCGGCCGUGCGGGCUGCGAGAACUCGAAGUGCGCGUGAGCGAGCUGGGCUUGGGCUACGCGUCGGACGAGACAGUGCUGUUCCGCUACUGCGCAGGCGCCUGCGAGGCGGCCGCGCGCGUGUACGACCUGGGGCUGCGGCGGCUCCGCCAGAGGAGGCGCGUCCGGCGGGAGCGGGUGCGCGCGCAGCCCUGCUGUCGCCCGACGGCCUACGAGGACGAGGUGUCCUUCCUGGACGCGCACAGCCGCUACCACACGGUCCACGAGCUGUCGGCGCGCGAGUGUGCCUGCGUCUGAGCCUACCUCACCGGGCCGGCGGGACGGCGGCCUCCCCCUCUACGCCCGCGCGGCGGCGCCCCCACCCGCCCCGCCUGGCCAGGCCCGCGGCGACGGACUGCGCGUGCGCAGCAGGUGCCUUCCAGGCCUCCGGACUGUCCAGUUACUGCACCGAGAUAAAGUGUGGAAAUUGGA